AUGUUUGUGUGUGUUUUUCAGGUGUGUAUGAGGAGGUAUUUGAGAGAAAUUUGUGUUCUCCUGCAUCUGACAGUUUGCGUGACAGGUAUGUCAGGGAGAUGCAGUCUGUUUGGACGACACUAUGUUCACACGUUCGAUGGGGUUUUAUAUGAGUUUCCUGGAGACUGCAGCUACCUACUGGCUGGGGACUGCAACCAUCGCUCCUUCACAUUGCUGGGGGAUUUUGUCGAUGGCAAAAAAACUGGAGUCACUCUGUUUGUGGGGGACGCCUUUGAGCUGCACCUGUCUGUCGACGGACGGCUCUCACAAGGAGAAAAAAGGCUUUCUCUGCCCUAUGCAUCUCACUCUGUGUUUGUGGGUUCGGAGCUAGGCUUUUAUAAACUCUGGAGUGAGGAGUUUGGCUUCACUGUUACCAUUGAUAAUGCAGCCAACAUCGCCCUGACACUGACCAAACUCCAUGCAAACCACACCUGUGGCCUCUGUGGCAACUUCAACACUGUAACAGCUGAUGAAUAUACCGCUCAAGAAGGUUUCCUUACAGAGGACAGUUAUGACUUUGCAAAUUCAUGGGCAGUGAAGGGAGCUGAUCAGGCAUGUCGACGUGUCUCAAUUCCCAGCCAAUCCUGCAACAGCACAAAGGAGACUUCAGAGAUCCUGUCUGGCUGCAGCGUGUUGCAGACGUCUAGCGUGUUUCUGCACUGUGCACAUGUAGUUUCUCCUGAGGCGUUUCUGUUGCUGUGUCAAGAGGAGGUGUGCCACUGUGAGCAGGGGGUGGGAGAGGACUGUUACUGUCCACUCCUGCUGGAGUAUGCCCGGACAUGCCAUGCCCAUGGGAUACUUUUACAUGGCUGGCUGGAGGAGAGUCAGUGCAUUCCCAAGUGUCCAAUUGGGAUGCAGUACAGUGAAUGCACCAAGUCCUGCUCUACAACCUGUCAUAGUCUCAACAUCCAGGAGGUCUGCAAGGAAGAGUGUUCAGAUGGGUGUACAUGCCCUGUGGGGAAGGUUUUAGAUGGUAACCGCUGUGUGGAGGUAUCUCAGUGUUCCUGUGUGCACAUGGGACGACAUUUCCCACCAGGAUCCACUAUCUCCCAAGACUGCAACACCUGUGUUUGUCGUCAUGGUUCCUGGGAAUGCACCAAUGAAGGCUGCCCUGGUGAGUGCCUGGUGGUGGGCCAAUCUCACUUCAAGACCUUUGACAACAAGUUCUUCACCUUCACCGGCCACUGUCAGUAUCUGCUGGCAAGAGACUGCGCAGAUAGAGAGUUUUCAGUUAUUAUUGAGAAUGUACAGUGUGCAGAUGAUCAAGAUGCUGUGUGCACACGGUCUGUGACACUCAGCCUGCCCUCUCUGGAGGACAUGAAAGUGAAGCUGAAGCAUGGAGGGGUUGUGUCUGUCAACAACAUGGACAUCCAAACCCCAAUGCAUCAUGGUCGUCUACAUAUCCAGAGACCUGUCCAGUCUGCUGUACGUGUUAAGUUUGGGCAUGACCUUCGUCUGGACUGGGAUGGAAGGGGCCGAGUUCUACUAAAGCUGGGACCACGAUGGGCAGGGCACACCUGUGGUCUCUGUGGUAACUACAAUGGUAACCAAGGUGAUGACUUCUUGUCUGGUUCUGGACUAGUUGAGGCGGGUCCUCAGGCAUUCGGCCAGUCCUGGAUGAUCAAUGGAGACUGCGAAUCCAGCCACAAAUCUGUGACUGACCCAUGUGCUGUUAACCCCAAAAGAGUGCGUUUUGCAGAGGAGGCGUGUUUGGUGAUGAUGUCAGAGGUGUUCAGCCCGUGCCACUUUCUGGUGAAUCCGGGUCCAUUCCAGCGGUUCUGUCGUUAUGAUGUUUGUGCAUGUGCGGAUGGUGAGGAGUGCCUCUGUUCUGCUUUGGCUGCCUAUGCAGCUGCCUGUGCUGCAAAAGGAGUUCUGGUCAACUGGAGGUCUGCCUCACUCUGCGAACUGGAGUGCACCGGAGGACAGGUUUAUGAGGCCUGUGGGAGUGUGUGUGACCGGACGUGCCGUGCUCUCUCUGGAGCUGAGGCUGGCUGUGAGGGGGAGAGGGUGUGUGAGGAAGGCUGCUUUUGCCCUGCUGGAAAGUACCUGAGUGACUCUGGAGAAUGUGUGACGGCUGACCUGUGCACCUGCCUACAUGAUGGACAGAUCUACCAGCCUAGUGACGUCUACGCCGAUCAAAAAAGCAUCUGCUACUGUGAGAAUGGUUCCAUGCGCUGUAGCUCCCCUGAAGGGAGCAGGUCACUGUCUGACCUCUUUUAUGAUGAUGACCUGGCACCAUCCAGAGACCGCCGGUCAGCCCAAUGCCCUCCUCCAUUAGUUCGUGCAGAGUGUGAUGCAGAAACAAAAGGCCUGGAGUGUGCCAGAACCUGCCAGAACCUGGAUCUUCCUUGUGUCAGUCUUGCCUGCAUCCCCGGCUGCCUCUGUCCACCUGGCACAGUACGCCACCGCAGAGACUGCAUUGCACCGGAACAGUGUCCCUGUUUCCAUAACAACAAGCCAUAUGCAGCAGGACAGACCAUAUCUGUUGACUGCAACACCUGUGUGUGUGAGAACAGGAUGUGGCGCUGCACAGAGAAGGCGUGCGAUGGUACGUGCCGCACCGUGGGAGAGGGGCAUUACAUCACUUUUGAUGGCCUCAAGUAUUCCUUCCCUGGCCUCUGCCAAUAUGUCCUGGUCCAGGAUAUGUGUAACGGAGAAGAAGGGUCAUUCAGAGUGCUGGUGGAAAAUGGGGCCUGUGGAAUUGUGGGAAAUCGCUGUGCAAAAGCUAUCACAGUCUUCUACAAGGGAGGGCUAAUUUUAAUGCAACAUGGAGAGGUGAGGAUGAAGAGGCCGGUCCCACAGGGCUCACAGGUGGAGAUUGUCCGAUCUGGUCAGUUCUACACCCUACUGCUGGGGGAACACAUUUCCCUCAGUUGGGACAGGGGAACCCGCCUCCUGGUCCACAUCUCCUCCACAUACAGGAGUCGGGUGUGUGGUCUGUGUGGUAAUUUUGAUGGGAAUGUCAACAACGACUUGAUUAGCAGCAACAACCAGCUGGAAGUGGAUUCCGCCCACUUUGGGAACUCAUGGAAGGUCCUUCCAAGUUGUGCCGAUGUAACACAGAUCCCAGCUCCCUGCAGCAACAACAUUAUCAAGUUGGUAACAGUGGAGCAGUCAUGUCGGUUGCUCACUGGUCCCCUCUUUAAAGAUUGCAAUAGCCAGGUGGAUGCAGAGCCAUAUGUAGAGAUGUGUGUGGAGGCAGCAUGCUCUUGUCCAUCAGUGGGCGACUGUGCAUGUUUUUGUGAUGUCAUCGCAGCCUAUGCUCAGACUUGUUCAGAAAAGGGUGUUUCUAUCAGCUGGAGAUCCAAUGAACUUUGCCCCAUGAGCUGUGAGGAGUUGAACCCUAAAAUCCCAGGUGUGGGGGAAGAGUUAUGCCAGUGGAGGUAUAAUACUUGUGGCCCUGCCUGUCCGAUCACCUGCCAGCAUCCCGAUCCCCUCCACUGCCCACUCACAUGUGUGGAAGGUUGCCAUGCUAACUGCCCCCCAGGACAGCUAUUGGAUGAGGUGGCCAUGCAUUGUGUAGAUCCUUCUCAGUGUCAAGUUUGUAUCCAUGAGGGUGAGAGAAUCUCCCAUGGCAACAAAGUCAUUCUCAACCAUGAUGACCCCGACAACUGCAAAAUAUGUCAUUGUGACAACAACACCCUGAGCUGUGAAGUUUGUACUUCAUUGACCAUGGUCACCACUCCCACACCAACCCCUUCCUGGGCCACUUUUACAACCCUGCCUUUUACCACCUUGAUGCCUGAGGGCAUGUGUGACCGUGCCAUGGAUCUGGCCUUCUUAUUGGAUGGAUCAGCAGCCCUGAGUGAAGAUGAAUUCCUGAAAACCAAAGAGUUUAUUCUGGGAGUGAUCGAACAAUUCCGCAUGGGUUCAGCUCAUACUAGAGCCACAGUGUUGCUUUACCACUCUGGAGUCAAAACCUAUGACUUGCAGGUUCAGAAGUGGCUGUUUAAGAAGACUGUGCGUGAGCUGCAUUACACAGGAGGAGAUGCAGCCUUCUUGGAUGAGGCUGUCAAAUAUCUGAUUAUCAACAUUUAUGACAAGAACAAACGUGACAAUGCCGGCCGCGUUGCCAUCAUCUUGACUGCCAGUGACAACCCUCGCCCUGUGCGUUCAAUGGUCAAGAUGCUUCGUAAGAAAUCUGUCACCACCUUGACAGUGGCACUUGGUCCAGGGGUAGACAUGGGGCAGAUUAAUGACAUCACCAAGGCCAAUCCAGAAAACAGGGCCUAUGUGCUCAGCAGCACAGAAGAGCUGCCUGAUCGUCUGUUAGAGGUAACAGAUUACCUCUGCACCUUGGGGAUGGACCCUGAGGGGGCGAAACCUCCAAUGCCAAAGUCCACACCAGGUAAAGCUCGCCAGGGCACAACCACCACUACCCCUUCUCCUCGUCUGGAGCCCAACCCCACACAAUACCUCCCAAAUACUCCUACUUCCACCUCACCCACUGGCCUGUCUCCCAUCACCACAUCGCCAUCAUCCAUCUCUCCAGCCACAGAUGUGACAUUCAUCCUGGAAGGCUCUGAUUCAGUCGGGGAGGAAAACUUUAACAAAUCACUAAUCUUCCUGGAGGAAGUUAUCUCACAGCUGACAGAGGAAGAGGAGUUAAUUCGCAUCACUGUGAUCCAAUACUCAGUAACAGUCACUGUGGAGAUCACUCGGUGGGAGCUAAGGCAGCAAAAGACCCUGCUCCUGGAACGACUGAGGGAGAUUCGUUGGAGGGGUGGAAGUAAGACGAACACAGGAGCAGCUGUCGCUACGACCGUCCAAGAAAUGGGUACAGUCAAGCCCUCACGUGGCCCCACACCUCCUCAGCUGGUCUUCCUUGUGACGGAGAACCCGCCUACUGAUAUAGUGACACGCCCACCGUCCACAAGCACCAACACACAUGUGUAUCCCAUUGGGGUUGGAUCAAAAGUACGUGAGAUUGACUUGCUACCGUUCAGCUCCCCCCAGCGCCCGCUGAUGGUGGACGAUUACAACCAUCUGAAAACCCUUGUCCACCGUGUAAUCGGUAUCACACGAAACACUGUCAGGCCCCACUCCCCUACACUGCCACCCCUUGUCUUCCCAACAUUCUCCACCCUGCCACCCUCUGUGCCGUGUAAGAAGCCCGUGGAUGUGUUGUUCCUGUUGAAGGCUGGUGAACAGUUUGAGGACAUGAAGACAUUUGUUAAAGCUUACAUCAAUGAUGCUGACAUGGGUCUUAAUGGCACUCAGGUGAGUGUUGUUCAGUAUGGAGAGACCAACACAGCAGAGUUCACCUGGAAAGAUGAACAGAGAAAAUCACACCUCCUAAACCUGGUGGAUAGCAUACCAACCAGGGCCACCGCUGCCCCUGCACUAGGCUCUGCGCUGCGAUUUGCUGUGCAGACUGCUAUCUCACCAGUCAGUGGCGGUAGAGUGGGUGUAGCCAAGGCUGUGGUGAUGCUGGUGACUGACAAAUCAGCUGAUGACGUCCAAGAAGCAGCUAAUGAGGCACUGGCCGCAGGUGUGUCAGUGUUCCCCAUUGGGGUGGGACGGGUCUAUGACAAAAGUGAGCUUGGCAUGCUUGGUCGCCAUGGCAAUCAGGACAACACUCUGCACUUGAACAGCAUGGAUCAGUUACGGAUGUUGCUGACUCUGGACAGUGGUUACACAGAGAGAAUCUGCAGAGCUGGUCCACCAGGAGUGUGCGUUGAUGAUCAUGGAAAUGAGAGAAAGCCUGGAGAGUCAUGGCUGCUGGAGGGUGGCUGCCACUCUGUCCUGUGCCAUCCCAGUGGAGCAGUAACAGUACAGAACCACAAAGUCAGCUGUGACAGACUGGAGCCACCAGCCUGCAGAAACAACAUGCCACCUGUCAGAGUCCAGGAAACCUGUGACUGCCACUGGGAAUGCCCUUGCAUGUGUAUGGGCAGUUCGACCAAUCAUGUGGUGAGGUUUGAUGGCUUGGCACUCAGGCUGGAUGGGGAGGGUUUGUGCUCCUACACACUUCUCACUGUCACAAGAGGUGUCAGUGACGGUUCAGAGGUCAAACUCCACAGUGGACCUUGUCAAGACUCCACUAAUUACAACCAAGUCUGCAUGAAAGCCAUGGAAGUGACCCAUGGACCGCACAAACUGCUGCUGAAGGAUGAUAUGACUGCAAUGAUUGAUCAGGAAGAGCUUACACUGCCAUGGCGGUAUGCUGGCCUGGAGGUUGUGCGUUAUGGGGGAGUGAUGCUGCAGCUAAAAUCAGACCAUGGCUACGUCCUGACUUUUACUCCUCAGAGCAAUGAGUUCACCAUCACACUGCUCAGUUCCACCACCACAGGCCACACUGCUGGACUCUGCGGUGCCUGUGGGGAGGAGAAGGUUAAUGUCCUUUCUUUACGUAAUGGCAACCCGACCACCGACCAGGUAACCUUCAUUUCUGACUGGACGGUGGCUGAAGAUGGCGUUGUGUGCCUGCCAAAACGGAAGACAGUCUGUGUGUCUGGAGCAGCGAUGGGAUGUCAGGCCUUACGCUCUGAGGUGUUUGAACCUUGUCACGAGCACAUACCCGUUCAGGUGUUCCUUGCCAAGUGUGAAGAGCAGGUGUGUGAGGAGUCAGAUGUGUGUGAGCUUGUAUCUGCCUACGCACGUCUCUGUAGACAGAGAGGUGUGUGCGUGGACUGGAGGAGCCCCCACCUCUGCCCAUUAAAGUGCCCCAGCUCCAUGGAGUAUGAUGCAUGUCGGACAGGGUGUGUGGACGACUGCAGAAGCAUACAGACGUUGCCAGGCGACUGGUCUGUUGCCAGGGGUAACGAGUCAUCCUGUAUGGACACACCCACUGAGGGCUGUUUCUGUACUGGAGGAACAGUUUUGCAUCAUGGACGGUGUGUAUCCCCAGAAGCAUGCGAGCAAUGUGUCGACCAUCAUGGACACACUUAUACGUUUAUGCAGAGUUGGGUACCAGAUGAAAACCCAUGUUUGAUUUGUAUGUGUUUGGACCAACAACACAUCAACUGCACCGCCCGGCCCUGCAAUGACAUCAAAGCUCCAGUGUGUGGACCCUGUGAGGUUCUGAGGGAGAAGAGAGACUCCAAGUGCUGCCCGGAGUUUGAGUGUGUGUGUGAUCUGGUUAAUUGUUCCCUGCCUGAAGUGCCCCACUGUGAAGAUGGCCAGACUGUGGUAUUGAAAAACCCUGGAGAAUGUCAGCCUAUCCACAAGUGUGUUUGCAAAAAAGAAGAGUGUGCUCUUCAAUCUGCCCCUGCUUGUCCUGCACAUCGCCUACUAGAAGUCAAAAAGACAAAGUGCUGUGAUGUCUUUGAAUGUGUGUGCAACUGCCAGAACUCCACCCACACCUGCCCUGCUGGUUUCAUCACAUCCACCUUUACUAACGACUGUGGCUGCUCAGAGACCAGCUGCCUGCCGGACAAGGUGUGUGUGGUCGGUGGUGUGGUUCACCCCGUGGGGAGUGAAUGGGAAGAGGGCUGUAACAAGUGCAGUUGCACCCAGCUACAGGACAAAGACACCUCACUGCACGUUUCUCAGUGUACUCCGCCUGUCUGUGAUCGGACCUGCCCUCAGGGCUCAAUGUACACUCCAUCAUCAAAAGGAGAAUGCUGUGGGAAGUGCAUAUCAUCCAGCUGUGUAGAGUCAGAGGGAGAGAUGCGAGGGGACACAAUGAUGGGGGAAAAGCUCAGACAUGUGGGUGAGGUGUGGCAGUCUCCAGAUGAUAAAUGUGUAUUACAUCAGUGUGUGAGGGUGAAAGACGAGUUGUUCAUCUCUGCGUCAAAUAUGAGCUGCUCUGUCAUGAAUACUCCAUCUUGCCCACUGGGAACUGAGUUACGCUGCGAUACCCAGGACUGCUGCCCCAACUGCCACUGUGCUCCUUUGGACGCCUGUGUCCUCAACAACACUGUGAUAGGUGCAGGGGAGAGGCUGAUGGUGGAUGUAUGUACACACUGUGAGUGUAUAGUAGAGGAUGGCACGGUGAAAAAAUACAGGCUGUCCUGCAGGAGAAUCAGCUGCCCUACUUGCCCUAUGGGAUACACUCUGCAGAAGGAGGAAGAUGCAUGCUGUGGUCACUGCGUUCCCACCACCUGCGUCAUGCAAAGGCUAGACGGAAAACUGCUCAGUCUGAAGGUGAACACUACUAGUGAAGAUGGUUGCAACCUGUAUGCCUGUGGUGUAAACAAUAAGGGGGAUCUCGUCCUGCAGACCAAAGUGACCACUUGCCCUCCUUUUAACCGCCAAGAAUGCCUGGACCAGGGGGGGAAAGUCAGCCAGAUCGGAACAACCUGCUGUGAGAUGUGUACAGAGCCAGAGUGUCGGAGGACAGUGGGAACGCUUAACUCCAUCAAAGUGGACGAUUGCCAAUCCGAGCAGCAGAUAGAAUUGCACUACUGUGAGGGAAAAUGUCGCAGUAAGUCUAUUUACUCCCUGGAGAGAGCUGGCGUGGAGCAGGAGUGCGUGUGUUGUUCUGCUGUGGAGACGGAGCCUCUCAGUGUUCCUGUACUGUGUGCCAACGGCACUCGCAGCCAGCACACUGUCCUGUCUGUCACAGCAUGCGACUGUCUUUCCAAACACUGCACCUAGAAAGAGAACAGAGAUUUUAUCAAUGUACAUUAUUGCUGAAUUAUAUAUGUGUGUAUCCAAAUAAAAUGUAUCCAUAUAAAAAAUACCAUAAUUAACAAUAAAUCAAACCUGCCAGUUU